CAGCAGGUACAACUGCAGCAGCAGCAGCUACAGCGGCAGCAGCAACAAGUACAGCUGCAGCAGCAAGAGGUAUAUCAGCAGCAGCACGAGAUGCGAGAGCAGCAGCAGGAGAUACGAGAGCAGCAGCAGGAGAUGCGAGAGCAGCAGCAGGAGAUGCGGGAGCAGCAGCACUGCCAGCAACAGCAGCAACAGGAAGAGCAGCAGCAAGAGCAGGAGCAAGAGCAGCAGCAGGAGCAGCAGCAACACCAGCAGCAGCAGCAGCAGCCUGAGCAGGAGCAGCAGAUGCAGGAGCAGCGGCAGCAGAUGCAGGAGCAGCGGCAGCAGAUGCAGGAGCAGCAGCAGCAGAUGCAGGAGCUGCAGCAGCAGCAAACUGCGAACCAAGGGCACCAGAAGUCAUCCCUGCACCAGCAAAGAGAACAGCAGCAGCAGCGGCAAGAGCAAGAGCAGGAACAGCAACAGCGGCAGCAGCACCAGCAGAAGCAGCAACAGCAGCAGCAACAGCAACCGCAGCAGCAGAAAGAACAGAAGGCGCUGCUAGAAACUGAGCAGGUCAUCCAGGAGCACCAACAGAAAGAGCAGCACCAACAACAGGAGCAGCAGCAGCAGCAGCAGCAGCAGCAGCAGCACGUUGAGGCAGCCGUGCAGCACGAUGGAGAGGAGCAGCAGCAGACAACGCAGCAGCAGCAGCAGCUGUCUGAGAACCAGCAUACCGUAAAGACGCAGCACCAGCAGCAGCAGCAGGAAGCGCAGCAGAAGAGAGGCGAACAGCAGCAGGAGCGGAGCGUAAAGGAUAGAAGUGAUAUACAUUCGCAAGAGUUGUACUGGAAGCAGCAGCAGUCAGGAGAGCAGCGAUCCACACAGCAGCAGCACCAGCAGCAGCAGCAGCACCAGCAGCAGCAGCAGCACCAGCAGCAGCAGCAGCACCAGCAGCAGCAGCAGCACCAGCAGCAGCAGCAGCACCAGCAGCAGCAGCACCAAUCUCCUGAUGAGUACACUGGUGAGCAGCAGAAGCAAGAGGAGCAGCAGCAGAAGCAGGAGGAGCAGCAGCAGCCGCAGCAGGAGGACAGAGGUGGGCUUUCAAAGGAAAGUCAUCUGAUGGUGUUCAGCGAAAACGACUGCAGCAAGCAGCACCAGCAGCAGCAACAGCAGGAGGAGUUGCAGACAGUCCUCCAGCAGAUGCAACAGCAGCUGGAAGAGGCCCGCAGCAAAGGUAAAGCAGCAGACGCCGAGCUGCUGCUACAAAGGGAAGACGCAGAACUACAAGCCCUGAAAUGUGUAGAGUUGCGGCUGCGGGUGCGGGAGUUGGAGAAAGAGCAGCAGGAGCAGCAGAAGCAGCAGCAGCAGCAACAGGAGAAGCAGUGUCGACAGCAAGAAGCUCAACAGCAGCAAAUAGAACAACAGCAGGUGGAGCAGGAGAAGCAGCUGCAGCAGCAGGUAGACGAGCAACGGCGGCUGCUUCGACAGCAGCAGCAGCACGCCUUGCAGCAGCAGCGACUGCUGCAGAGACAUCAGCAGGAGAUGGAUGAACUACAUGCAGCACGCGCAGCAGAGCGGCAGCGCCACACUCAUGAGCUGCAGCAGCAGGAAAAGGUGCUGCAGCAGCAACUACAGCAACGCAGCAGACAACUACUGGCCUUUGUCCUAGAGGCUCUGAGGCAGUACUGCCUCUACUUCCGACGGAAGCCGCAGCAGCAGCAGCACCCACAGCAGCAGCAGCUUCAGCAGCAGCGUAAUAU